CGGCCGGAAGAACUUGUUUGUGUUUUGGUUCUAAAGGGAAGUUGCGAGAAGAAAGAAAGGAGGAGACGUGACGGGAUUGUUGAAAUUAUUUUCUUGUGUUUUCUUUCCCACAACACCUCCCCACCACGGUGUCCGGGGCUCCCUGCGUAAACACUACAGCGGUGGCAUUUCAAGUUCCGAACAUCGUCUGCCCGUCAGCAGGAGUCCUCAUAGUGAGGUUUGGCACACAGCACUCAGGGAUCUGACUAGGUCAUGGCCAAUCGGGGAGGAGCUACGAGACCCAAUGGACCCAACGCCGGGAACAAGAUCUGUCAGUUUAAGCUGGUGCUCUUGGGGGAGUCAGCUGUUGGAAAGUCCAGCUUAGUUCUCCGCUUCGUCAAGGGUCAGUUCCAUGAAUUCCAGGAGAGCACGAUAGGGGCUGCCUUUCUCACCCAGACGGUGUGUUUAGACGAUACAACAGUGAAGUUUGAAAUCUGGGACACUGCCGGUCAGGAGCGUUACCACAGUUUGGCACCUAUGUAUUACAGAGGAGCCCAGGCGGCCAUCGUGGUCUACGACAUCACAAACGAGGAGUCGUUUGCACGAGCAAAGAACUGGGUGAAGGAGCUGCAGAGACAAGCAAGCCCUAAUAUAGUCAUCGCUUUGUCAGGCAACAAGGCUGACCUAGCCAACAAGAGAGCUGUGGACUUCCAGGAUGCCCAGUCCUACGCGGAUGACAACAGCUUACUUUUCAUGGAGACAUCGGCAAAGACAUCUAUGAACGUGAAUGAGAUAUUUAUGGCCAUUGCAAAGAGAUUGCCGAAGAGUGAGCCGCAGGCCGCAGGAGCCAGCAGCGGGCGGAACCGGGGGGUGGACCUGACGGAGGCCGCCCAGCCAGUCAAGGCUCCGUGCUGCAGUAACUGACGUGGAGAACGGCUUCCUUCCAACCAUCCUGUAGAGCAGUAACUAAUGCGGCGAAUGCCACCGCAGUAACGCAAUGUGUUGUACUCCUAUCUUCAAUUCUCUGAUGUGCAAAACGAUGCCCUGGGCCCAGCCCCCACUUCUCUUCAAGUCAUCACGGUUCUGCUGCGACCUGGUUUAAGCCCCCUAAAAAAUGAGAUAAUUCAAUUAGUGUUGAUUGAUUAGUGUCAGCAAAUAAUAGCAGCAUCAGUGUUCCUGGCCUUCCAUUCCUUUUCAGCUUGUAGAUACACGUUUAAUUUAGAGGAAGUGGCCACUUCCCUGUUUUGAGGUCUUUUUAUUACUGCAUUUCUUCAUUUUUGAUUUUCUUACUUAUUGUUUGCAAUGUUUUUUUCAAACCUAUAUACUUACACGGCCCAAAAUAGAAAAACUCCAAACCUUUUGUCUGCAGUAGCGCAGAAAUGUCUGUUAAAGAAGAAGAAGAAGAAGAAGAAGAAGAAGGGUACUCUUGUGAAUCUAAUAAAAUCGAAAAGGCAGAGAUAGAAAGACACAAACCUCUAAGGGUCAUUUGGAUCCUUUUAUCUUAAAUUUGAAAACUGUUUGUGGAUUGUAGUCCCUUUUAGAUUAUCCCGCCUGUCCAUGUCCUUUCCCCCACUAAACCCAAAGUAGCACUAGUGAACAUUACUAAGGGUCCAUUCUGGAGCCAUGCCUGCUUCUAGCUGUCCCGAGUGGCAUUGUGCAAUGUUUCACAGUAUUAAAUCUGUGACGAAAGUGUCUGCGAGGACCAAUGCAGCACAGCAAAAAAAAAAAAAAAACUGUUCCAGCCGGCUCUCUUCAAAACAAGGCACGUGUGGCCUCUGAGGGGCACAUCGGUGUCAAACCCCAUCUCCUGAUGCUGCGUCCCUUCACACGUCUUGUGCAGACCGUCCCUGCGGUUAAACCUUGGUCUCUUGGUUUCUGUCUUUGGAUGAUUUUAUCUGUAUCAUAUGACCUUUUCCAUUAUGUUUAAUAUUGCUGGGUUGGCACCUGGUAGAAAAAAAAGAAAAAUAGAAGAAGCGAAGAGGGGGGGUAGUGAGUUGGGAGUUGCAAUAUGUAAGGCUGCUUCAUAAUCACCUCUGAAUCAAAAUGAUUUGCCAUCUUCUCUUGUUUAGGAAGUGCUUUCGACACAGUCGUGUGUCUCUGUACAGCCGGCGCUGGCUGGCUGAUGACAGAAUUCAUCCAUAGCCUCACUUACACGUGUCCAUUUCUGUAAUUUUUAAGUGUUUAUUUUCUAUAUGUGUGUGUGUGUCUUUGAACACACAUUUGCACCUGAACAGACACAUUACAUUGACUUCUAAUUGUAUAUAAACACACACACACAGUCUGUUACAGCUCUCACUCAUAAGGUUGAGACUUUUCUUUUCCCCUUUACCACUCACCUCACUUUAGUGUUGCACAUCCGCAUACACACACCUAUAUAUAUAUAUAUAUAUAUAUAUAUAUACACACACACACACAUAUAGAUGCAUACAUGUAUGUGAUCAACUGUUUUCUCAUGCCUUGUACUAAUGAUCGCUCAUGAAUAUAUCUUAAUGUCAUAAUUACAGCCAGUGUGAUAUAUAAAUAUAUAAAUAAUAUACUGUAAAUAUGUUGUUGCAGUGUAGUCUACCUUUUUUCAAUUUACCAGUCACAGGACUAAUGCUCGGUAGGGAGUUGUCUAAUCAUAAAAAAAAAACUGUACAGUUAGCAGGGAAACAACAGCUACAAUCUGCGUUUGGAGAUUUGUUGCUGUUCCUGUUUUUUCACACAAAAGGUUAAAUUAGAAUCAGUGGUGUUCCUAUAGAUGUAUGUAUUGUUAUUAACAAAAAAUGAAAUUGCAUUUAUUUAGUUGUCUCUCUUGUAUCUUUUUCUCAAAAGAAAAAAAAAUAAUAUCCAAACAUUUUGGUUUCUAUUUUUUUAACAUGAUCUCUUUCUUGCACUUCAUAAUUACUUUUCUUGUCGUAUCCGGCUACUCGUCCAGCACGUCUUCCUGUUAUCAGACCCGAUCUUCCUGAAAAACUGGAUGUAAAAGCUCCAGACGAGUUGGACACAAUAUGAUACUCAUUGAUUAACCACCUGGCUGCCCCUCCAUAACAAUUGAGUAACCUUGUGGUUCAGUGUAACAACUAUCAGCUGGCACGAUGGUGGUUCAUGAAUAAAUUGAUUAACACAUUUAAGGAUGUAAAUUGUAUGUUUUUUUUCGUCGUACAUUUUACAGUUCUGGUAUGUAAUGACCAAAUAAAUACUGAAAUAAAUAUGAUCAUUUCUUAC